UAUAGUAUUUACUAAGAAUAUGAAUCGAUUGAUUGUGAGUUUCGUUGGGCUAUUGGCCUGCUUGGCCGCCUGCCAGGCAAUGCCCGAACAGGAGUUUCCCUUUGGACGCAUCGUCAAUGGCGAGCCAACCACCAUUGAGGCGCAUCCUUACCAGGUGUCCAUUCAGACGACCAAAGGUGCCCACUUCUGCGGCGGCAGCUUGAUCGAUUCGCAGACGGUUGUCACCGCUGCCCAUUGCAUGCAAUCGUACAAGGCCAACGAGAUGCAGGUUCGUCUUGGCUCUACUGAUCGUAAUAAGGGCGGCGAAGUUGUGAGCGUUGCGGCUUUCAAAUUCCACGAGGGCUACAAUAGCAAACUGAUGAUCAACGACGUUGCUGUGAUCAGGCUUAGCUCUCCAGUUCGUCAAUCAGCCAACGUACGCUUUGUUUCAUUGGCCAAGACCACACCACCAUCGGGCACACCUGCUGUUGUCACCGGCUGGGGCACCACCUGCUUCUUGUUCUGUUCAUCGACCAUUACCCUGCAACAAGUGGAGGUUGAUUUGGUUUCCCUCGCUGAUUGCGGCUCAAGCACUUAUUCCUACGGCCAGGACAAGAUCUUGGAAACCAUGGUCUGUGCCUACACCGAGACUAAGGAUGCCUGCCAGGGUGACUCUGGUGGCCCAUUGGUCGCCAAUGGUGAGCUUGUCGGCAUUGUUUCCUGGGGUCAAGGUUGCGCCAAGGCUAACUACCCUGGUGUCUAUGCUGAUGUUGCUUCUCUUCGCACUUGGAUUGAGUCCACUGCCGCAAACUUGUAAAUCAUCUGAAUAAAAUUUGAAUUCGGUUA